GUGCGCGGCCGGUGGCGGCGGGAGGGAGCCGGGGCCGUUCUUCUGCGCUGGCGGGGCGGCGAGCCGAGGCCGUCCGUGUCGCGGUGCUGCCGUCCUGCGGGACCGGAGGUCGGGCUUUGCGGCUGUGAAUGUCGGCGUCCCCCGAGUUACGGGGACGCGGAAUGACGGAACGGUCGGGUCGGAAGGCAGCUCGUAGCCCGACCGGCCCCAGCUCCUGCCGCGCGCUGCCCGCCCGCAGCUGCUCAGCCCGCACGGCGCCCGCGCAGCCCCGCGUUGGCACCUCCGCAGGCUGGGCACCGCGGCUCUCCGGGCUGUUCGAUCCGCUGUGUCCACAAGUUCCGCGGUGAGCGGAUGACGGGCUGGGAGAUGCUUUCUGGUCACGCGCUGUUCGGCACAGCCGUGUCGCCUCGCCGCCUUCUCACCCGUGUGCCGAUUCCACGCACGGCACGUAGCAGCACACGCUUCUACCCUGCGGCUGUCGCCGGCAGCCCUGCGAGGCAGCUGUCCUGUGGCAGUCCUGGGUCGCAGUUCUGUUCUGUAGGGUAAAAAUGAAUGUCGGAGUGGCGCACAGCGAGGUGAAUCCAAACACACGGGUGAUGAGCAGCCGUGGAAUGUGGCUGACGUACACGCUUGGAGUUGGCCUGCUUCACAUCGUCCUGCUCAGCAUUCCUUUCUUUAGUGUCCCUGUCGCGUGGACUUUAACAAAUGUGAUUCACAACCUGGGAAUGUAUGUCUUCUUGCAUGCAGUAAAGGGGACUCCUUUUGAAACACCUGAUCAGGGGAAAGCGAGGCUCCUGACACACUGGGAACAACUGGACUAUGGAGUACAGUUUACAUCUUCAAGAAAAUUCUUCACCAUCUCUCCUAUAAUUCUGUACUUCCUGGCGAGUUUCUACACAAAAUAUGAUCCGACACACUUUAUCUUCAACACCACCUCUCUUCUGACAGUGCUUAUCCCCAAGCUGCCACAAUUGCACGGUGUUCGAAUCUUUGGCAUCAAUAAAUACUAGACAUAAGGUGUGAUGCUGACUGAUCCUGACACGGAUUCUGCUUCUCGGGCAAAGGAAACGAAUAAUCUGCUGUUAUCUAAUUGUAUUCAAUGAGAGAUGCUUUCACAUCUGAGAUACAAUUACUACUUCCUUGCAGCACUAUCUGGGGUGAAAGUUGAGUUUCUAAGAUGCCUUCAAAUACUGAAAUGUGGGUAGGAAACUUCUAGAUGGAAGAUUUCCUGAACUUGAAGGCAGGCCCAGCUCUACGGUGUAAUCAGUACCACAAGUAGAUGUAGGUCUGGCUGAGGCAGGUAAGGGAGGUGUGAAUAACUGCUGAAAUGGUGAGUGAUGUUUCAGCAGCGCCAGUCAGCCGUGAUGCAGAUGGUAACUUGCUGUAUAAAUCCAGCCUCCAUUCAAAGGACUGGCAAAACUUUGUAGAUAGGUGAAAGUAGCUGGUUCCUGCUCUGUGGAUCAUGAACGGGUGUGUUUGUUACUGCAUUAUACACGAUUGUCUCAGUAAAUGCCGUGACAGUUGGUAAAAAGGGAUGGUAUGAUUCAUGCCUUAUCUGUCCUUGUAAUUUUUGUCACAGAGACUGGAGAAAAUCCAUAACUGUCUGCUCAGGGAUUGCUACAUGCACUCAAUAGCUUGGUUUAGGUAUGCUUUUGCAAGCUGCCACUGCUGUGUUUAUUUCAGUUUGCUAACAGAACAUCGACUUUUCUAUCUGUAAUUGGGACACGCUGAGCCCUGCAACGCUGGGGGAGAGGGACGUGUAGGAUAAGCAGCUUCACCAUAGAACAAGCGAGAGGAAUAAGAGAAAUUCUGUGUGGAUCAUAGGUUAGAACAGAAGCGGUGCUAGCAGCAGGUGAAGAGACAGAUUACCCGGCCUGACCGCAUACAGUUUGCAGAAGAAGAGAGGAAGGACUUGCACGGAGGCACCGGCGUGUGACCCAUGUGAGCUGCCCUGGCAGCAGACGGGAAGAGGUGCAGAGCUCCUGUGCCAGCCUGCCCCACGGCUGCCAGACACAGGCGGCUCGGAACUGGCAGAAGGCUCGCUUUGUUUUCUGCUUGCAGUGAGAGAAGGAAAAAUGUUUGUUUUCCUGCCGGGAUAAUUUACCAACGUGUGAUGAAGAUGCUGUUC